UCCCAAAAACAUACUCUUAUGUAAAUUAAUAUUACCUAUAUAAGUUAUUAAUACCCAAUGUUACUAACUUACUAGCCACUUUCGCCUUAUAGUUUCUUCAUUUCAUACCUAAUCAUUCCAUGGCUUCUUUCCCCCCAAAGCUUCAUCACAUUUUCCCACUUUUAUUAUUUUUUGCCUUCAUAUUUUUUAUACCCAAUGCAAAUUCCUUAAAGAAUCACGAGAAUAAUAGUACUAACACCAUGAAUUCACAUAUUAUUGGUCUAAAAUCUUUGUGUAAAUCCACCCCACACCCAAAUCUUUGCUUCAAUUCCCUUAAACUUUCCCUUACAUUAAACCUCCCUUUAAACCUCCUCAACAUCCUUCUUCAUUCACUCCAAAAUGCAUUAAGUGAAGUAAACAAACUCUCCUCAGUUUUUGCUACAACCACACAUAACAAUCUCAUAGAAAAACAAAAAGGAGCACUACAAGAUUGUAAAGAACUCCACCAAAUCUCACUUCAGGUAAUUCAAAAAUCACUCUCUAAAGUCAAAUCCUCAAGUAUAAGUGAUGCUAAGGCCUAUCUUAGUGCUGCCCUUACAAAUAAAGACACUUGUCUUGAAGGCCUUGCCUCGAGUUCCGGGCCUCGAAAACCCAUCCUUGUUAAUUCCAUCAUUAGUUCUUAUCAACAUGUGAGCAAUUCAUUGUCUAUGCUCACACACCCUUCUGGAGCGGGCUCACCUAACUCUAUGAGCUUUGUGAGCCCGCCCUCUUGGUUUCAUAAAAGUGACUAUGAUGGUGAUGGGGAUGGAUAUGAAGAUCCAAGUGUGAGUAUGAUAGUUGCUAAGGAUGGAAGUGGGAAUUUUACUAGUAUACAAGAAGCUGUGAAUUUUGCACCCAAUAACAGUGAUUAUAGGACAUUUAUAUACAUUAAAGAGGGAACUUAUCAAGAGAAUGUGGAGAUUCCAAGUAAUAAAGUUAAUAUUGUAUUGCUUGGAGAUGGGAGUGAUGUUACUACCAUUGUUGGUGCUAGGAGUAUGGGCCUUGGUUGGACUACAUUCAGAUCGGCAACUGUUGCGGUGUCCGGAGAAGGAUUCUUAGCACGAGACAUUACAUUCGCAAACACAGCAGGACCAGAAAACGGGCAAGCAGUAGCACUACGAGUAAACGCAGACUUAUCCGCAGUCUACAAAUGCGCCAUCCUAGGUUACCAAGACACACUCUACGUCCAUUCCUUCCGACAAUUCUAUCGAGAAUGCGAUAUUUAUGGCACAGUCGACUACAUAUUCGGCAACGCCGCAGUCGUCUUCCAAGGCUGCAAUAUCGUCUCUCGAAUGCCGCUCCCUGGACAGUACACGGUCAUCACUGCCCAGUCCCGAGCCAUGCCCGAUGAAAACACUGGGAUUGUGAUCCAGAAUUGCUCUGUUUUGGCUACAGAGGAAUUGUAUGGAAAUAAGAAUUGGGUUAAGAGUUAUUUGGGAAGGCCAUGGAUGAAAUACUCAAGAACAGUGUAUAUUGAAUCUUAUAUUGAUGGUUUUAUUGAUGGGAAAGGUUGGAUUAAAUGGGGAAAUGAUGAUGAUGAAGAUUUGGAUAGUUUGUAUUAUGGAGAGUAUGAUAAUAGUGGGGAUGGUAGUGUUAUUGAUGGGAGAGUUGAUUGGGGAGGGUUUCAUGUUAUGGAUUAUUAUGAUGCAAGUAAUUUUAGUGUUUCUGAGUUUAUUGUUGGGAAGGAAUGGUUAGAUUCUACUUCUUUUCCUUAUGAUGAUGGGGUUUGAUACGAGUUGUUUUGUAUGAGACUCUUUUAUCAUUAAAUGGACUCAUGUAAUUUGUCUGUUUCUCUACGUGGAUCAGCCCAAUAGUCGAUCAUAUUAUAAGAGUGUCUCAUUUAAAAAUGUGAGUUUGAUAUGAUGUGAAUUAGUUGGUGUUGAUGUUAGAUUUAUAUAUAUGUAGCUAGCUAGCUAGCUAGAUACUUAAAAAAAAACUAUUAAUGAAAAGACGAUUUACUUUCUCGUUAAAA